GCCAUCAAAACGGUGAGCACAGCCGUUCGCCCUAAACAAAGGAGGCGCUCAUUUCGUUCCCUCUUUAGUGUGCUGGCGCAGCUCUUGCUACGGUCAAAUUCAGGCUCCAGAGUCGUAUUUCUUUUUCUUGGAAUCGUUCUCCGGUUUCCAUCUUCCCUGUUCACUUGAUGUUUACUGUUCAUUGUUUCUGUUGUUUUAAUACUGCCACCUUCUCCAACCUUGACUGUGUCAUAACCUGGAUAGAUUGAAGCCAUCGUCACUCUAUCAAGGUCGACAAAAAGCCACCCUCGACGCCAUUUUGAGGGCCGCCACAAGCCACUCGACACUCUAUUUUCUCUUCUUCCUCUGAGCAUGCAACUUUGCCAUAUACCCCGGUCCUUGACGUCAGAAACUUCCCUUGACUUGUCUCUCCUUCCAUCUCUUUGCGUGUCGCCUUCAAUAUAGGUGUUUUCGUACAUACAGGCUAAACAUCAUGGCCGACCUCACAACUAGCCUGGCUACCAGGUCACUCCCGAAAAUCGAGACGAUCCAGAAUGGACCACUAUCAGGCCUCCAGGCAUAUGGGUCGCUCCUCCUCGUCUCAAGCGUCAUCGUCGUUGUACUCAUCGCCAACAUUCUCGAACGAUGGCUACUGGAAAGAGUCUAUGGCGAGAUCUAUGCAGUUCUACAGCGCCCUGAGAACGAAAAGAGACGACGCUCCUUUACGUACUACCAUAUUGGUGCCAUUAUCAUGCUCACACUCUUCUGCAUCGGAGUCUACCCUGUGUUCCGUUUCCUCAUCGGGUCUGCCGACUUGACAACGGACGUGUCGCCAGGACCAGGAAGGCGUAUCAGAGUAGGCGAUCUGUUGUUUACGGUGGCGCAAACAUAUAGCGCCUACUACGUCUUCGAGCUCUGUUAUCGCACACAAUUCGCGAGUCCUCUCAGUAUCGCCCAUCAUAUUGGACUUUUGGCCAUCACGCAGACCGCCCUCUCCCUGUUUGGAAACAUCGAGCACCACCCAGAAGCAACAAUCGAGUUCUACAUGUGCAUGGUGUGGGGCGCUUUCGAUGUCGUAGUAGAAUUGCCCAUCUACCUUUCUAUGAUCAUCUGGCGAAUCAAGCGGCGUGAUCAUCGACUACUCUCCUACCUCACCUCCGCCUGCUUCGUGUGGGUUAUUGUUGGUGCUGUCUCGGAGACCGCAGUCACGAUAUACCUCUUGCACAAGUCUUGGGAUCGAUGGGGUCAUGUGUGGAGAGUGGUCACUCCCGUCAUCUUCACGCUAUGGAUCACGACCCAGCUCUACGGCGCAACGAGGCUCUUUGCAAUGGCUCGGUCGGAGAGGUGGAAGGCCAGCAAGCGAUCGCCGGAGGAAGGGUCUGUGGAGCCCAUUGCCGAACUACCAGGAGCAGUGGAAGACGGAGAAGUACCCGGACAAGAAGAAUCCAAGAACAAAGCAGUAUAAUGGCUCCAGAGAAGCUUGAGUGCUACGAGGCCGCCCACUCCCAUUCGAACAAAUCACACCCCCCACACGAGAACUGGACUAUGCCUUGUUCGUUGAUGCUUGGGCCGACGAAAUGGUACCUCGAAAAUAAUUCUCAUCGAUAGUUUUGAGGAUUUACCAAGUACCGGACCUGGCAACAAUCUCUCUCUGAUCGAAGGGGAACAACGCGCGACUGACUAAAGUUUGCGGGCACUUUCUCUAUCUAGUGGGACUCUGAUCACCGACAGAAACAUCAACGAUUGCCAAGUCCUCCACCUACGCGCUUACAUGACAGUUCGCGCAAGCUUCAAAGCCGCCAUUUUAUAAUCGGUGGCCAAUCUUUUUAUGUUACGUGGUAGUCCAGAAGGAUAGGGGCU